GUCUCAAAACAUAAAAAAAAUGCCGCAGAAGUCGGAACAGGUUUGAAAACAGGUAGAAGAUAGUGAAUUAGUCUGCGAAAUCAUUUCCACAUACUAAUUCAGGUGUCGGAGUUCACACAAAAGCAGCAAUCCUGAAUAUAUCAGAGAAGGACCUGCCUGCUAUAACAGAAAGGGAUGGGACUUGUGAUAUCAACAUUCUUGCACAUUUACGGGGACCUUUAAAUGCAGCACUUGACGCAGUCCGAUACCUCUGUCGCCAUAGAAACAGUUUGCAAACAAACGAGCUGUUCGUUUCUAUUAGAACUGCUUACAUUUUUUUCCAGUAGAUUUCACUUGACGUGUUGUGAAUAAGGAGGAAAUUAUUUUAAACCUUAAAGAGGUACAAGAGCUCCCUGUGUAGUUCGGCGGAAAAGCAGCGAGCAGGCAAAUCUUCAAGAUGGAGGGUAAAGAGGAAAGUAAAUCAAAAGAGGAGCAGGAGAGAGAAAGUGAACAGAGGAUAAAACUUCUGCAGAAAGAUCUGAGUACGAUAGUGACAAACACCCAAAUUGCAUGCGACGCCAAAAUGGUGUUGCAGAGGACACUGCGGGGCAAAGCUCAAGCAAAGAGAGCUGCGAUGCUGGAAAAUGAUUUAAUCUCAAGCCAGGAAAAAUCUGAUGAAAUACUGAGAAGACAAUUUGAGAACUUUAUAAAUCAGAAGGGGGUCUCUGAAGACCUGCAGAAGGCAUUAAAGAAGCAGCAGGAGCUUUAUUCCACUAUUAUAAAUGAUAAGAAAGCCAUCAUAAAUGAGCUUCUGCAGGCGCUCAAGCUCCAAGAUGAUAACUAUGCGAGCACCUUGAGGAAGAAUGCAGAGGAGGUUAAUGUGAUGAUUGCACGGAUGGAGGACCAAAUUAAGCUUAUGACCAAAGUCUACCGGGAGGAGCUUGCCCAGAUUGAGAGUCGUCAUCGGCAGGAAAUAAGCAUCCUGCUUACAAAAGACAAAGAAGAACUGGAUCGAGAACUGAAGAAACUUUGGGACGAAGAGCUCGAGAGGCUAGAUGAGAGGAGAAAGAAAUUGGAGGAAUACAAGAGAGAGGUUCACGAGAUCGGUCAAGAGAGCAAUCACGUCUUCAACGCCUUGGAUUAUGAGAGAUGCUUGAGAAUUCUGGCCCAAGAGAGAGAACAGAAAAAAGUCCAGAACAGCAACUUACCCCUGAAGAUGAAAAGACACUUGUACAUGGAAAAGGAAGAAAUACUUCUUACCACAUUCAGAAGUAUCAAAGGCAGGAUCACCAGGGAGGCGAGAGAGAUAGAAAAGCUGAAGAACAUCUACAUCGACCACCAGAAAAAAUUUGCAAAGCAGAGCAUUGCUUUGACAGAUUAUUCACACUACACCCAGAAGCACGAACGCAUUAAAAACCAAGUCAAGCAUUUUGCUAUUACCGACGCAAAACAUUUUGAGGAGGUGUGGCUGAUGAUUGAAGAAGAGGUAAAGCACUUAGCACAGAGAGCUUUGGCCAUAGACUCGGUGAUCUCCCAGCAGCUCUACGGUUCACCCGAGCAGCAGCCGGUUUUGAACCAACUGCUGCUCUCCAGUCCCUUCCGGCCCUGGAAGACGAGAACAGAGAUAGUCCAGACACAGUUUCCACCGGUGGAGAGUCCGGCUGAAUCUCACACCGAGAUUCUGGAUACGACAGAGAGCACGGAAGAGGAAUUAGCGUUCAUCGACAGCAGCCCCGAGGGCGAGAAGCUGGACGAGGAGACGCAGGAAGAACUGAGGGAGCUGCUGUGUGACGAAACGGACUUCUUGAUUGAAGCCAAGAUCCUGAAGCUUCUGGCUCCUCUGGUGACCCAGGAACAGACCGGAGUAAAGCUGGGAUCCAUCCUUUACACUUUGGGUAUUGACGAAAGGGAUUUGCCUAAGUUGAUGGAUUUCCUGGUGAGUUACACGGAUCAGCAGAAUGAGCAGACCGGGGAUUCACAUAGUGCCAGCGUGACAAGCACUUCGUUGGAUCUCAUCCACCCCAACCACGUCCUUCGUGCUCUGAAAAGCUUUCUUGAGCAACAAAGUUUCAGGACGAGCUCAGCCCAGGAACUUUCCAGACUGUGGCUCGCACACGCGCGGGAUUCUUCCGGGGAUGAAGCGUAUUGGAAUAGCCUAGGCAACAUCAUCCCAGAGGACAGAGUUAAACUGUGGGAUUCCACAUUGAGAAUGCUAAAGCAGUACCACGGUGUGUUGACAGACGUCUCUCAGCUAACCCAGGAGCAGGAGCGUCUGAAGGACGAGAACACAGAGCUGCGCUUGGAAAUCGACAAUUACCUGAGGAAAUGACAUAAUCGACAUGAGUGGUGCAUUGCUGUGAAGCUUAUAUUAAAACAAAGGACUUAUUAACUGAU